UAGCGCCAUCUACAGUUCACUAGCAUAGCAACUCAACUCGAGUAGGGUAAACAAAUUCAGAAUCAAGAACUAAAAAUUGCUUUUCUACUUCAAACCUUCAAAACAUUCUACGGCCUUCCUAAAUAGAGAGUGUUGUAAUAAGCAUCCGACGGGACUAUCAUUGGUCUUUAAAUUAGCCAUGGCAACAAAGCAAGAGGAUCUAGAAGGGCCACUCCCUCCAGCGGGGGUCAGUUCCCGUCCACUGAGAGAUGUCAUGGAAGGCAUCUUUCUGGAGCAGAAGUAUGACAUCUUACUUCGAACCAAGGGUCACCUGAACCACAACCGCCUUGCGAAGCCCCCCGAGCUGGCAACCCACAAGCCCUGGGAGAGUUCAGGCAAGGAAGUACCCCUGCUGCUUGCUCCGAGCAAGCUACCUUCACCAAGAAGGGCUCAGAGUAAAGAAGAAGAAAUGGUACAGGCCUUAUAUCACUUCAGCACUGGGACAGCAGGGAGCAUGCCCCACCCCACACCUGCGGACUUGCAAACGGACCAGAGAAUGGCAAAAACAUCCUCCAGUAGUCCUCGCUUUGCUAGCAGAGCCAGAUCCCAUGGAGCAUCCAAAUCAGAUGCUAGGAUGGAUUCCCCAGCUUCGUACAUUGAUGAUGGCGUUUGCGUUGAAGAGCUAGCAAUGCCCGAAAUAAUGCUCCCAGUCUCUCGACAAAAAACAACUCGGGGGCUCUCGCGGACUCAGUCUCCCCCUCACAGGCUGCCUCCAUUUGAGAAGAGGGAGGAUAGGAGCGCUGGAGGGAAGGACUUGCACAAGCAACAAUUUGUACAAAGUCAUCUGGCUGGAAUAACCAAAAAAGAUCAGCUGAAUAGGUUUCUGGACUUUCAGAAGAAUGUACUUAGGAAAGAAGAGAUGUAUGAGAAAGGGGUCUUAACAGGAAGAAAGGCAGUUGAACAUUUGGAGAGAAAAUUAUAUGAGAAACUGCAGGAGCUGAGUGUUGAGACGAGGUUCAGUGCGCCCAACUUCCAUCGGUUGCAGAUCUACAGUGAUGUCUGGGAUGAACUCAUUGAAGAAACACCUACCUUUGCAAAGGUUCUCCAAGACAUCAAGAGUGAGUUUGAUCUGUACAUGGGGUCUAUCCUGGACACACAGCCUCACAAACACAGUGAGAUCCUAAGCCAACAGGUCAGAGGACUGACCGCUAGUGGUGUGGUCCUGCCUGGUGAGCUGACCAUUGGUCAAGAAGUGGUGAAGAAGAUGGAGAAACAGACCAAAGAUCUGCUUGAAGAGAAUGAAAGGUUACGUGAGAAACUGCGACAAGAGCAAUACGCAGUUGCCCGUCUCCCGCAAGUCAUUGUCAACACUGACCCCUACGCCAAGAGUGCUAAUUCCAAGGAGGAGGAGAUAGUCCUGGGCCAUGGCGAUCAGGUCCUGGAAUACCAUAAUGAGAUCCUGGCCUUGCAGGAAGAGAUAGAGGAGCUGACCGAGGACCUUCACAAGCACCAUGUUCCUCGGUCUAUCUGUGAUCACAUGGAAGGCUGUUUGAGGGAUACAGAGGCUGAGGUGCUGAAACUACUAUCUACCAAUGAGUACCUGGAGAAGACAAUACAGGGUCUUGGGGUGGAUGUCGAUAAGCUUCUUGAGAGAUAUGAUGCACCAGAUACAGAUAUAAGAGCCAUCUGGAAGAGCAUAAACACUGCAGGGACAACACCAUUUCCUGGUGUAUUCUGAGUGUUCCAGGAGACAUGCUGUCACCUGUCACAGGAUGUAGAGGUACUGACCAUCCCCAAGGAAUUGUUUUGAAUGGGUGAAUUGAACAGUGAGAACUCCAUCAUCAGUGUGCAUCCUCCAUGUAUUUCAGUUGCAACAUCCCACCGAGCCCGUACACUAUUCUUUGCCAUCUUUGGGAUUAUGGAGUAUCCUUACAGCAUUCCACGUAAUGCAGCAUUUGUUUACUAGAUCAAUGAAUGUAUCAAGGAAACAUGGUCUCAUGUAUUAGCUUUAACGAGCAGCACACCUUGUACUGACUCCAGAAUGCUGUAUUCUUGGCCUUUUGUUUAUAUUAUCAUCAUCCCAACAGUGCAUCUUGUGGUUCAUGAAUUCUGAACUGCAUUUUGUAGAACCAAUGGCAGCACACCUCACACCAUGUAUAGACAGUCCUUUCUUGUUUUUGCUAGGAAUAGAGUAUGCCUGAACAUUCCAGAAGGUGCAGCAUGAGAUGACUAAAGCCGAUUAGUCUUUUGUUAAGCAUACUUGAAGCCCCAGUUAGAAAUUACCAUAAAUAGCAGACCUUAACUGACUUGGUCAAUGUUAUUCAACUUUAAAAACCCUGUGGGUAGCAGGGGCCAUGGAAUGGUUUUCAAAGUGGGGUGAGGGGGUCUUACAAAGCAAAAAAUCACAAUCAUAUGGUCAUUUUUACGUUUUUG